AAAGGAGCGAGUGAGAGAACUUUUUAGUCGAAGCAAAGGAUCGGCCAUCUUAGAUAGAACAAGUAUCUUCUAUGCGAGCGUUCUCAUCUCUUGGCCCGACUUUUUCCUUGACCGACAGACUUUUUUCUUGAGGACAAGUAAGUUAGCUUCUGUUCUUAUUUUGUUUUGUUUUUGUCGUCUGACGUCUUGUCGCCUGACGUCUGAAGCCGUUUGUUCAACGUAUUGUUGGAUCUUCAGCCAACAUUUUCCAUUAUGGUGCGAAAAUGUCCCGGAAAAGCUGCCGUAAUCGGCACAACUAUGUAUCUGUCCACAGUAGAUUCCAGGGAGCGUUAUGGUCAGCUUUUAUCCAUCCUUCUCAGCAUCUUGGUGCCCAUUUGGCUCGUGCUAUUCCUAUGAAUUGCCACAAGGGUAAGAAAGGGCUGGGGUCCAGAUGCAGGGACCGAGAUGGAUAGAAGCUGACUCUAACAGCGUGCGCCAAACGCUACAGGUACGGACGAGGGGAACGCUGUUGAGGCGGACGCCAACGCUUUUCUCGAAGUCGAUAAACAAGAACUUCUUGUUUCUAGGGAAAGGAGGUGAUUCUUUGAUAAAUGAUAAAAUCAGUGGAACUCUUAGGAACGUGACAUCAUUAAAAAAAACAAAGACUGCCUUCUUAUCUAUAAUUGAAUCUACCUAGCACAUAUGAAUGUGAAUCACACAGAUUAGCUGCAACGAAAUCUUCCGAAGGACGGAAAGGUUCUGCGAAUGAUAAAGCGACGGCUGUGGAGGUUGGCGAGAGGAUCGACAGGGAAAUUCUUGAUUAUGAAAGAGGAACUUGACUACUUCCAUGCCUAGGUAGGUUUAGAACUCUUAGAAUUGCCGAAGAUGCAGGUUUAUUUUGUGUACUAGUGGACUCUUAUAUAUAGUAUUCUCUCAACCGAGAUUAGAUAGUGCUGGACCACAAGGACGCAGGCUGUUAAGUCGGCGGAGUUGCUCGGUGAGAAACACUGGGCGACGCUCUAGCUUGGUGCGGAUUGAGCCUACGGCCUGAGACUAAUAAAUUGGCGCUGGCUGGUUUGGUCCCUGUGGAUAUUCGUGGGGGCUGCGAGGAGGCCUCAGCUUCUUGGGGUAUCAUGGUGGGGGGGCUCAUGCGUUCGCAGGGAUAUCGUUGCGCUAUCGUCAUCAGCUUCAUACGAUUGCCUACGUCGGUACUCGUCUGGAUCUGACUGAACUUUCUGGCUGCAUAAGCAUACGCAUCAGAUCGCGCGGAGCGUAUCACGAGAAUACUCCGCGACGGGUCUUAUGCGUUUUGAACUGAUCAGAACUGACGGGGUGGCAUGGACCUGGCUACAGCUAUGAACGUGCGCCAUUUCUUCAAUCUGAAAACGCUGGCGGCCCUUUGCUUGUUGGUCGUUGGUUUUUGGGUGGUCUGUAGGUUUCUUUGCGGUCUUUCUGGUGGUGCUUGGUCUUUGACUGGGCUGAGAGAUUUGAAACAACGAACGAGAGAGGAGAAGCCAGAAGGCACCCGCGCAACGGUAAACCCGUCAGGCGUUCGGAUAGUGUUCCGGCCGAGUUUGCUAGAAGUCUGAAAGCCACCGACACCCGCGCCAACUAGGGCCAACGCGUUGAGGAUGACGCUGAUGGGUUACCUUAUUCGCAGGGCGGUCUUGGUCACUUUGAUGAUCUUCAUCCUUCGGGCUUUUGUGGAUCUUUGUACAAUUUUGAUAGGUUCAGAUCAUGGCACACAGAUAGUGAGGAGGAACCUCGUCAGGCCCGCGAAUCAGAUGGGGGACCACGUCAGGGCGGACUGACGUUAUUGAUGAAAAUGACAAGAAGAAACUCUGGGGGAUUCUUUCUCUGCUUUCUUGGAGGACUACAGGCGAGGCGUUCCUCCUCGUUGGCCUCGCUCCCGCCCAGGUGCGUCGUUCUCGUUGGAUUUUCGACAAGACACAGGCAGCAGGGCUUCCCCUCACAGUCAGGGCAGCCAGCUAUUAGAUAUCGGGGAGGCCUUGGGCCUUCUUUGUCAUGCUCUAGCCCCUCGCGUUUGCCUUGCUUGUUGCCCCUUUUGUUCCACCUCGCUGCCCACAAGUCUUUUUUUGCCUUCGCUUUCCUUGCCCCCACCUCCUUGCCUCCGCCUCCUUGCCUGCGCCUCCUUGUCUCAACCUCCCUGCCCCAGCCUCCCUGCCUCAGACUCCUGGGUGCCUCAGCCUCCCUGUCCCAACCUCCUUGCCUCCGCCUCCCUGCCUCCCGACCAACGACCACCAGCACGACGAGCACGCGCAAGGCCGUCACGUUCCAGGAGCCAACGAACAUGGCCGAAGAGGUGGCCAAAGCGCUGGCCACUCUGGUGCGGUCAGAAAUGAGGCUAGGUCUCUUGGAAAGGCUCAGGCACAGCGCACCAGUGCGCACACUGCUGGAAGGGGUGCGGGCAUCUCUGUGGAGUUGCCGCGUCGAAUGGUCGCAGUUCGAGCAGUUGGGGAGUCUGCUGGUCUCUACGCAGGCCACCACUCCCAUGAAUACACCUAAAAAGGUGGAAGGGGAAAAAAAGAAGAAAAAAGAACAGGAAAGAAGGAGAAAAAAAAGAGGCACUAAGCGGAUACGCCUUUUCAUUUUUUUGGCUAGAACUGGCGCCAUAGGUUCAGCAGCUGGACUGUUAGUUGUUCUUAUUUCACCUCCCCGACAUACCUAAAAAAGAGCCCCCUUGCCAGGCGACUGCCGUCGGGAAGAUGUGGAACGACGAAGAAGAAGAACACGAGGAGGAAGAGCAGCACACAGAAGAGGAGGAAGAAGAAAAAACCGAGGAGGAAGAAGAAGAAAACGAGGAAGAAGAAGAAGAAGAAAGGGGCUCCCCAUGGGAGGCGCUCUCCGUAAGAGAAAACGACGAAAGGAGCAUCGCCGAAAAGUGUGUCGAUUUUAUCGACGCAAACGAAGGCGGCCUUACCUGUUUAGGCUGCUCAUUGCGUUGGGGUUUGCAUUGGUUUACUUCUCACCUUCCUAGAGGGUUUUCCGCAUAAGUAAAAACAAACGAAGAAACGAAAGGACAAAGAGGAAAGAAAAAAAAUAGCCUAUCCUUCAGCCAAGGGGGGCGAGGCCUGGCCCGUCGGUCUGGUGUUCAGGAGGAGCAACGACAGGCCCGCCAGGGGCCUGCAUCGGUAUAACACAAAAGAGCGAACAGAGAAACGGCGAGGAGCGCCAAGAAGAAAAGAAGAAGAUAGAAGGAAGAAGAAAGAAAAAAGCAGGCAAAGACGAUCGGUGACGGGCAAAGCCGGCCUUGCAAUCGGUAAACAAGGAGAGAACAAGGAGAGAAAAAGCCGAGCGCGAGGGACGCAGAACAAAAAAAGAAAAGGGAAAAAAAAGAGGCGCGCGCCGAUCGGUCGAACGUAGGCAGGCACAGUUGGCGCCGCAGUCGGUAAACAAGGAGAGAAGAAGGAGAGAAAAAAGCCGAGCGCGAGGGGCCUAGGACAAAGACAAGGCGCACGCGGAUCGGCCAAAGGAGAGGAGGAGGCCAGAGAAAGACGCUAGCCAGCUAGCACACAGGGGCCGGGGAUCGUGCAAAGUGGCCAGGGGAAGGAUGGCCACCACGCGAGAAAGGGCGGGCAGCGGGGGGAAGGGGAACCCCACGCCAAACCACUCCCCCACCCCGGCAAAAGGCGUAAGAACGCCCGCGCGCCCCUCGAGCAGGGAAGAGGGGCGAGAAAAGGCAGCAGCGGGUCCCCGGCACCCGCUGAGGCCGCAAGAAGAGGCACGCCGGAACGACAAAAAACCCUCCCACGGGGGGCACCGCCGUGGAAGGGUCAGGAAACAGGUGGCCAACCCCAAGAAAAAAUGGCAGAGGGCAAGCUACAGAGUAACGAAAAAAAUACUAGGGAGGACACCCGGGCAAACAGUGCGAGGGUGAGGAUAACCCCAACAAACCUCAACGAGCGCGCCCCUGACGGCUGGCCAGAAGGAGAGCGAGAGGAGAGGGCGCGGCCCGUGGACAGCUCUAGCAGAACGGACGGCCGGCCGAAGGGGGUGCAAAAUGCUAGGGCAGGGGCCCGCGCAGACCGCGCCCCUGGGCGAGAAGAAAGAUGCCCGGGGGAGAAAAAAGGGACGGGGAACCCAAGGAACCCCAAAAAGGAGACGACACCCGUGGAAAAGAUGGGGGGGGGAACGAACCAUACUGGCAAGAGCAGUCCCCCGGACAGACUAGGAACGAUCAGGGGCAGGCGAGAAACCCUCGCAGCAAUGAGGGCAAUUGGACUCAGGGAGCAUAGGGCAUUAGGGGACGGACGUGCUGGGCGUCGUUCUGUCCUCCACCAGCUUCAGGCGAGGGAUCUCGCGCCCCCCGGCAUCAGCACAAUGUGGCAAGUGUGGGCGCUAGUAGAGCAAAACGCAUGGAGAAUGGGGGAAGUCGUGGCGGGGAUGAGACGGAGGACACAGCGCAAAAACAACCACCGCAGCAGGGGGGCUUGCACCUCAGUGGACCUGGAUGACAGGGGAAGGCCUGGACAUCCUGGCCAAGACGCUUCUCGUUAGUUUCUGCAUCUUCAUGAGUACAGACAUGGGGGGCACGUUCGUGAUACCUGGGGCGGGGGACGCCCCAGGCAGCAACCUGCCAGAGAUCUGCCUAGUGUUCAAUGGCGGACGCCCGAAACUAUAACUCCACGUCGCGGCUGGGAAUAGGAGAACAACCAGGGCAGCCGCCUGCGGCCCGGGCGGCUGGAGUGGGGGGAGCAGGCGAAGGGCAGCAGGAGAAGAGAGGGCAACAAAAAGGAAAGGACAAGGCAAGGAAACAGGAGACCAAAGGAAAGAAGGAGGGCCCCCCGGGGGAAGCCAAAGAAGGCAAGGAGAGGCGCGGCGGCAAUCAUGCCAGGAGGAGAGGAGACCAGACGAAGCGGGCAAGAGGAGCCCCAGGGGAGUGCCCCCGGUGGUGAUGUUUGGCCGAAUAGAACAGCAGCGGAGCGGGGUCAUCUUGCAUGUGUUGAGCAGGAAGGCCCGGCAGAUGCAGGGACAGUCGUCGGACAUCCUCAGCGAGCACCCGCAAGCAAAGGGACAGGGACAAGACCGGAACAGGGGCAGGCCCAUGGGCAGCGCCGGGGUGUGUGGCCAGGCGCUCGGCCUGGGGAAGGUGGUGAACAUUAUGGGACAGGAAUCACCGGGCCCGCCGACAAUUGGCGAAAGCUAUCGGCACCGGCUCCAGUGGCUCAGUGAGGGCCUGAAAGACGCAGCCAAGCAGCUUGGCAGCCAGAUGGGGGCCGGCGGUCUCUGUUUCUUCCUCCCCUGUGGCGCAGGGUGUGGCCAGGCUGGGGGAAGAUGGAGGGACUACCGAAAAGGCCUGGGGCUCUUCAGUGAGGAACUUAAGAAAAGAGGAGGCAGCCUCACGAUCGUGAGGAAGGCAGGAAUGGGAGAGGAGAUGAGUGAAGAAGUUGGAAAGAAAGAACAAAAGCGAAGGCGGCAAAAAGACCGCAAAGAAGAGGAGGAAAGGAAGUGCGAGCCGGUAGAUUCAGAAGGGCAAGAAGCAAAAAAAACCGACACCAAAGGCGAAAAGUGGACGGAGGUAAAAAGAGCGAAGAGGAGCGCAAAGAGAGCACCCAUAAGGGAAGCAGGCGGACGGCUGGAAGGGUGGCCAGGUGGAGUAGUCAUCCUAAAAGCUGCGAACAAAAAAGGAGGGGAGACGCGGCCGCUCUUACGCAAGAUAAGGGAAGCGAUAAGCCGGGGAGAACUGAAGAGAAGGAGCACAGGGCCCCGAGACAGCGCACACUCAAGCGGCCUGGUGGUCUGUGAGUGGACGGCGGGGGCCGGUAGGAAUCGCGUGGUAGCCAUGGCCACCCAUAAGACCCACGCAGGCAGGCCAGGGAGGAACGGGGACACGAUGACAGAAGGGGCCGGCAGUCUCCGAAAGGGGCUCGCGGAGUUAAGCAAAGACAUCAAAAGAAGAAGCGGAGAAACAGAAGAGAGGCAAGGGCCCCCGAUCUCCCUAGCCUUCGGGAAAGAUCUGAAAGGAGGGGAAGAGGCCAGAAAGGAACAGGCAGCAACCCAACAGGAAGAAGAGGCAUUUGUGAAGGGACUGCGGGGCGCAGGCUGCGACGUUUUACCCUGGCGGAUACAGCGAAAGGGAUGGAACGCGUGGCGCCUGGGCAAGGACUGGACGCAUGUGAUCAGGGUAAACGCUGGGAGGAACAGAAACGCAAAAGAAGGCACAGCGACAGAAGUGGCAGAGCGUGCCAGAAAACUGCGUGACGAGAUGGGCGUGAAGGGUGUGCGCAUACAGGAGGGCCCCGACAAUGUCUGGGAACCAAAAGGGCAACAAGUCGGGCAAGGAGUGUGAAGGCGGCUACGGGUGCAGGGAUUAGAAUCCGAGAGGACGGGACACGAAAGAGACCUCCCCCAAAGAAGCGUCUGCGUGUAUACGUGCACAACUUUAAUACCUUGAAGGGCCGGGAGUCCGCACCAGUGCAAGACGUGAAAGAAUGGGGAGUAGACGUCGCCGCAAUGCUGGAGAGCAAACGCCCAAGCGGGACGAGGUGGCUGCAGGGAUAUAAGACGGCCACCCGAGCGGGGAAAACCGAAGGAAGAAGGGGAGGCGUCGCGAUGGUAUGGAGCGAAGAAACCGACAGGGAGACGGAGGCCAUCGACGCGGAAACCGGCCAGACUACUCGGCCACAACUGGGCGGGAGGAUCCGCCUCAAAAUAGUUGGGCUGCUACGGAAGACAGGAAGGAGAAGAAGAAGCCGGGACCCGCUGGGCGGAACUGCGGGGGGCCAUGAAAAGUCGGAAAGGGCCGACGCUCCUGAUGAUGGACGCCAGUGCGCGGAUAGGUGAAGCAGAAACUGUCGAAGGGUCACUGGAAGCAGGAUAGUAGAUGGAGCGACGACAGAAAACGGCAGCGAACUGCUCGAGACCGCCCACGCGGCAGGGAUGUGCCUGAUGUGCACAGCCGGAAAGAAUAGGGCAAAAGAGGCGCAAAAGGAGAGAGGAGGAAAAAAAUGGAGGACCCUGCGGGGAAAGAGCAGGAGGAAAGUGCCAAGGCGCAGAGAAAAAGACAGAGGGAACGAAGAGGGGCGGGAGGAUGAGGCAAAAAGAGAGGCCCAACGCGAAGCCCAAAAGAGAGAAGAGACAGAGGAGAAGAGAAGGGAAGGAAAAAAGAGACCCGCGGACAAACCACUGGAGGGACUCAGGGAAGGGAAGAAGCCAAAGAAGCCCCCAGGGGCGGAAAAGGCUGGAGGAGAGAAGCGGCCUGCGGCGGAGGCGCUGAUAGACCUCAGAAAAAGGAAGAAGGGGGAGAACGAAGCAGCCAGGAGACCAAGAGGAGGAGAAGGGCAACGCCCUCAAGAGAAAGGACGAAAAGGGGGCAGCGGGGGCACCGAGCAGCCCCACAGCAGUGAAGAGGACGCAGCAUCGAGAACAAAGAACAAGGCCGAAAGAGAGGAAAGAAGCCAGCACAGAAGUGAAAAAAAGAGAAGAGAGAGGGCGGAGGCCUGGCAAAGGGACCGCCGGACGAAAUGAGGCCAAGAAGACCACGAAGGGAACAGAACAGCAAAAAAAAAAAAAGCCGAAAUGAAGGGGUCGCUUAAGGGGAGACCCCCCGACGAAGGGGGAGGCAGUGCAGGAGGGUAAGAGCAAGCGGAACGAGCUCCCCUCGCCUCCUUGGGGUCCCCCGGAGAGGUCGCGGGCGCGGGUCUGGCCUCUCUCUGCGGGGUCGAGUAGGGGCAGACUUUUAUCUUAAAGAGGGCAGCCUUCUUAGGUAAAACGGUUGCGGGGAUGAGAUGGCAUCCCGCCCCACCCGAUCGGUGGGCUUGCAUCAUCGUCAUCAUCGGCCUGCCUCCCGUCACCAACACACACGCCCCGAGUUGUCUUCAUUGAUUCGCCGGAGAACACAAGCGACGCAAGUGCCCGACCCAUCACCAGAGGCCAGUGGAGAGGCGUCACGUGCUGGGCCUACGAGCCCGCAGGCGCAGUGCUUUCUUACCUUAAACGCUGAAAAUGUCCCGCAGCGGUACGGCUAGGCCAGUGCGAACGGGUUGAGAGACAGAGUCGGAAGUCGCUCGCUUAUAUUUUCGCCUUUUGUUUUUUAUGGGUUGACACUAUGCCGGUCUGGUUUGCUUAUCUGCGCAACAUAUUCGCGCGCAAUUUUGAAAAUUCACACGGGUCAGCUUUUUCGUUUGAAUAUUUGUGGGGCUUCCGGUGGUUUUUUGAUCUCGUUCGCACUUGAUGGCUGUGCCUGAUCUUCACUCUUGGCCCCAUCACGUGCUGGGCAUGGUCUCAUGUGUUGGCUGGUCUGGAGAGUUGCUGCUAAACAUAUAGCCACAGCCCCGCCUCGAGUUGGGUGGCCUUGGUUGGGGGUUGUCUUUCUUUUUGUUUUCGGCUGAAGUGAAAGCCUUGGAAGGUUCGGGGUGAAAACACGUGGGGAGCGCUUGAACCUUCCAAAAGUUUCAGACAUCCGCCUGAAACUUUGAAGCUUUCAGCUGAAAAAGAGGCACAACGCCCAGGGCCCACACUGGGGAGAGUUGCGUUGUGGCCUUGGGAGUUGCCGCAACUCUUGGAGGGCCGGCUGAUGGUCAAAGUAUCCCAACGGCCUUCACCUCACUAACGGCGCCGCUCUCUAGCCCCAGGCAGUGCAAUAAACGGGGCCCCCACUAGAUAAAGGCCCCGCCAGUUCUUCCAGACUGACACUAGCUCCCCCGCAGCUGACGGGAUAUCACUUGCUGGCCACAAAAUCGCUCGGCUUUGGCACCCGUCACCAACACACACGCCCCGAGGAGUCGCUACUCGCAGUGAGUCGAAGGAGAACACGGCGACACAAGUGCCUGAUCCAUCACUUAAGGCCAGCGAAGAGGUGCUGCGUGCUGGAGUUACGAGCUUGGACUGGCUUGCCCCGCGCAGGCGGGGCCCGAACACCCGGGGGGCCCACUGCAAAGCUUUGGUGGCUGUCAAGCACAGACGCAACGACAAACCCCCCCGCGGCGCUGUCUGGCGCUUCCUAGUUAGAAGCACAGGGAAGCAGGCAAGCCAACUAGUACGCCUUCGCCCAUCCACGUGCAAACGAGCGCGCAGCGUCUGCGGCUUUGGAAUUGGGGGCGCCUGCCGUCGUCCAAAUCGAGCGCCGAAGCCUCGAGGGACAUAAAACGCAUCAAGGAGAACCAGCGGAAGCCUUUGAAAAUUUCCAAGAGCUCCGCGCACGACGUCACUGCGAAGGGGGGCGCGUACAGCUUCGACCCCUCGGGCGGCAAGUUCUUGCUUAAUUUCUAUCGCAGCCUACUAUAGGGAUCAGCGCUAAGGGCAGUGCUCCGCAGGGUGUUGCCAAUUCGGCGCCUAUCUUGGUCGCAUUCGAUCGUCCGCGUGCGAAUCUUCGGGACUGACAACAAGAGGAGGCUGGACCGUAAUGCGACACACGAGGUGGGGGAGCGCUGCGCCGUUACUACCUGAGAAGGCCUCGGAGUGCACCUGGUGGGAGCGCGAUUUCGUGCUUGCUUGUCGACUAAUACCAAGGGAGCAGGUGCUGCUCCCGUGUGGGACUUACUAACUUCGCUCCCUGAGUUCCCAUCUUCUUCAACAGUGAGGCCCAUGGCGGGCACUGUUGUGAAGUCCCCACGGGGUGGGCCAUCGGCGCGCAGUGUUGUGCUUGCUUGCUAGUGACAUGCUCGCCAGCCAGUCCACGGAUUGGUCUUCUGGUUCGAGCACACACAGGCGCCAGAAAUCAUGGGCCAGGCUGCUCUUGUCGUCGCUCUUGCUGUGAUUUUUGGUCAGUGCUCCUUCCUUGUUCCGAUGGUUGGAUGUGCUGUCGAUGAAAACUAAGAGGCUGGCCUCCUGCUCUGCAAGAGUUUGGGCCAGCGUUGUAAGGCCGCGAUGGCGGCGCCAGUCUCAUAGUAUUCAAUAGGCUUGCACCCGCUGGCGACUUGCUACCACGCAGAGAGGCGCCGCCGCCCAUCGCCAACAACCAGACAAGGAGCAAAGCGCCCGCGCUGCUGGCCAUUGAGAUUGACCCACUCGAUCGCGGCGCCAGUCCACAGCCUGGCUCUUCGUGGUUCUCCUUCCACAGAGAUGCAACGCCGAAGACGGUCACUCUGGAGCCCAGCGCGAAACCACUGCAGCGCGCAUCUCAAUCGCCCGCCCGUCAUGGUGUUCUGGGUGGCCCUUGUAUGCUUGGCGGCAUAGUGGCACCAAGAUGAAGGCUUGGCUGACUCUUCCGGGUAGCGAGCUGCACGCGAGCGACAGCUGCCCGCUCAGUUUGUCUGCCUCACUAUUGGACAUCUCCCCUCCUUGAAGGAAACGAUCCAGCGCCGCCAGGGUCUUGCCCCGCCCUCGUGGGCAGAUCUGCGCCCCAAUCCCUGUGGGGCCUCUCACCGUGUAGAGGGUCCCAAGAAGUCGGACGCUGCUGCCGCUCUCAAGCUUUGCUGGCUCAGGCCGUGCCUUGAUGAGCUCCCGCGCCCGGUUCAGGUUCUCGCUCUUGGUGGGCGACGUCUCUGCGCCACUCGGUGUUUUCCUGCGUAGCAGGCGCGUGAACUCAUUACUUUGAGCAUCUGAUCUCCGGGAUUCCUGGCAGACAGUCGUCGUCUAGUACUCUGAAGGAUGAAGCGCAAGGCGCUGAAGUUUGCUACUGCUGGCUAAAGCUGAACGAGUAGCAAGGCAUGCUGCGGCCAGCCUCGAGCUGGUUUGUUCUUGGAUUCAGACGCACCAAGUCCAGGACCGCGUAGCGCCGACGCGGCAGCUUGAGCCCCAGAGGCUUGCAAGCAUCUGACUCGCCACCAUGAUUCACAGAAGUAGACUCCUCUGCUUCCGGUGUGGUUCUUUGCCGGCGGACCUUCCUCAUCAAGGCUGGCGCCGUCUGUGCGAGGUGAUCACCUCGACAAAGACUGAACGAUAGGCGUGCGCGUUGCGCACGCUGCGCUGGCUCUACCCCUCUUGGAGUUGUCGACCGGGCGCCGCUUGAUAUUUAUACGGCACAGGCAGCAAUGACCGCAGGCGUCAGCAGGCGCAGCUCCUUCGAGAGAUCGGAGGGCCCCUCCAGUUGUCUUGCUUCGCAGUGCGACAGGGAUGCCUGGCGAGCCUCCUCGGCGCCCUUGCUUUUCUUCCUUUGCAUCUGCGUAAGCCGGGCGCAGUCACUCAUGACCUCGCCACGCCUGCUCAGUAGUUGGUCGCGGGUGGCUGAGUCUGGGCCACACUACCGGAAGAGCCGCGACGUGGAUAGCAGGACGAAAGCCGCUCGCCAAGCGCUGGCGAAGCUUCUCGCCGUUCGUAUCUGCUGACUGGGGCCAUCACCUCCCCGAGGGGGCCGACGCUGAUCGCCUCCCACAUCGGACGACUUGCGCCGGCGCUGUGCAACUUUUCAGCGAACUCCGCUUCCCUAUCCGCUGCGCUGCCCUCUACAUUGUCUGCCGCUGUGUUAUUUCUUACCGCUUCGCCAACCCUUCUGAAAUCGCUUGCGAUCUUCGAUGCGUGGGGGCUGAGGGUGGUUGCGCGCCCGGCUUUCGCAGUACUUCAGCGCUGUCGCCUGCGUUUCCAGUUGAGGGCUGGCGUCUUUUGUUUCGUAAUCGAUGGCAUUCUGCCAACCCCGCGACAGAGACUCCGGGGAACCGAAAAGCCAAGGCCUUGCGCGCUUGGUCUUUAAUGGACUCGCUUUCAAUCGAGUGAAACAACCCACCUCGGGGCAGUUUUGAGCGGAGCCCUUCUGACUUCCUUUCGUCCCUCUUAUACGCCCAACCCCCGCGGGCUCCUCUUAAAUAUGCGGGCGGUGCUCCCCUACUGUCUUGCCCAAGGUCUGAGCUUGAGAAAAAAUUAGACGCCGUAGGGUCUGACGCAUCUGCCUACUCAAUUUCAUCCUGGAGCCCCGCUCUGUCUUUGUUCUUCUUCAUCAUUCUCACGAAGUAAAGCGGUGGGGAUGGCUUCUUGCUCUCCCUCUAGUCAGGCUCGUUUCUUACUCCCAGAGGCUGGAGAGGCUGGCAACCGCCCUGGCCCUUUCGGGCCUUGGUUCUGAUUCAGGCCACUGCGUCCGUGUUUUCCAGCGUGGCUGCUAGCUGGAAUUUCCAGGACUGUGUUGCCACCAUGGGUUGCCCGAGUGGUUCUGGCCCCAGAUCGCACGCAAGGCAUGCCCUGCGCGUGUAAUCGGGCUCAAUCGAUAAGAUUCGCGCUCCUCGUCGGAUGCUUGCCUCCUGCCCUAGGGAAGGCGCUUCAUUCAUAAACAGCGCCGACCAAUGCCGGGCCCUUCCUUGGAAGGGGGGCCUGAUGCUGGGUAGUCCCGUCGACAGUUAUUGCCGGCUUCGGAGUACGGAUCUGGGCAGCAUUCCACUGGACGGAGUGGAAUCUACCAGAAAGGCUAAGGCCGCUCGCCGUGGUCUAUGUCGAUCGAAAUGCCAUGAAGAUUCUGAAAGGUCUGAAGGACUAAGGCCACCAAAAUGACCAAGGCCGCCAGACGAAAGCAGUAAAACAUGGGCGCCAUUCCAAACGCCUCGGCCAUGGUCGGGGCGGGUGUCCAUGGUCUCCCGCGUCUGGCAGUCUGGUAGCGGAUUGACGGGCGUGCCGUCACUGUAAGUGACUUUUCAACUACGUUUUCAGACUAAGAGAAAGUAGUCAAGAAAGAAGUAUAAGAUCAGCGGUAGGCUGAAUUUUCGGUGCAUAAAGUCUGUAUAUCUUUUGUUGUUUUCUUUGAAGAAAGUGAAAGUAAAGAAGGAAGAAGAAAGUAAGAGAAAGUAAAAGAAAGAAGAUAAAGUUGUGUAAGUUUUGUUGGAACGGAACGAGACCGAACACGACGAGAGACACAAAAACUGAAACUGAUGAUGGUGCGCCAUCCAUAACUAAAGACGUUCUAAACAACUUCGAACGAUUUUUGUAUCACCUUGAUGAUUGUAAUGAGCCAUUAGGUUUUGUUUUUACCCAUAAAGUACCAACAUCGACGUCCUUGGCGAUCGAUGAGUUGCGAUCAAAGUAUCGCUGUUCGAUUAGUUGACAACAACUAGAUUAGCCACUUACAACUGGGGGCUGUUCAAAUCACGAAUUGAAAGAUUUUUUGGGUAAUUUCGUAAAGUUUUGAAUAAGUCGGCUUAACAGUAGAGUAUGCAACUCUCGAGCGGGGGCCACAACCCGACGAGAGGUGAUAGAUUCAUCACACAUUUAAAGACCCUCAAAUCACCAAUGAAAGAGGAAUAAAAACAUGGGCAAGCCGGCAAACUAACGCUCAAGUUUUUGAUCAAGAACGUUCUGGAGGAUAAUCGUCGAUCCUUUUCAUUCGGGCACCUGGUUUUCUGCAACUCGUCGUCUCGCGCAGAAUCCAGUAAGCCGCCUACUUCUACUUCGUCUCGAAAAAACUACUUCUCCUUCCUCUCCUUCGCCAGAUGUUUAAAAUUCUGAGACAAGUCAAGGAGAAUAGCGAAACUAUCAUUGAGGAAUUGCGAAGAUUUUGGCGAUCAGUAGAACAAACAUUACGCCAAAUCAUCUACGCUGAGAACCGUCGGGCGGAGGACAUCCAGACGGAACUUCGGUUCCUCCGCACCGAGGUGCAGUUGUUACGGGAACAACUGCUACCACCGGAAGUAGCAAGGGUGCACGAUCACCGAGCUGCACACCUAGACUUCGUUGCGGAAAGAGGACCGAUAAACCUGCAACCGCACAACCAACCGAUUGCUCACUAUCAAGAAGUCGACGAGAUGAGUCAAAAUUCGUCGGCUUAUUCAGCAAAUUCGUAAGAGACAACUGCGAGUCUCGAUUUUCAAGAUUUCGGCUUCCUCUCUUUGCGAGAGAUCGACAGAAGCACUCUCGACGCGGGGACUGACUCCCCUACCGGUAUUAAUAUACCAAAUUCAAAACUCUUGUUGUUUUUCUCAUUGGUAAAAGUACACAUUUCCGAUAUCUUCCACCUGCUGCAACGGGUACUCUCAUGGACCAAACAAGCUAGGUUAUUUGCGGCGGCAGUGGAGGGAACCGGGACGAAUAUUCGGAUGCGAUUUUUCUUGCCGAUGGACUUUACAAAAUUCCGGUGGGCUUUCAUGUGCGUUUGACCUCGCUUUGACGGAUAAAGUACACGCGUUUCAAGUGGGGCACACGACACCUUCAUACGAGUCCAGUACGUUAGACCUUGGGCCCGAUAUACCUUGGAUCUCGGUUUUACCUUGGGUUACGUGUUAUCUUGGGUUACGUUUUACCUUGGUUCACGCUUUACUUUGGGUUACGUUUUACCUUGGGUUACGUUUUACCUUGGGUUACGUUUUACCUUGGGUUACGUUUUACCUUGGGUCACGUUUUACCUUGGGUUACGUUUUACCUCGGGUUGCGCUUUCAUUUUGGGUUUUUUGAGUACGUUGAAUCUUGGGUUGACGUACGGUCUUGCGAGUUUCAAGCUGGGACUUCGCGCGCGUUGGAUUGCGUUUCUGACGUACGUUUGCGAGUUCAAGUGGACUACGUUUUCGGGUACGUGGAUUCUGGUUUCCGGUUUGACGAUUCAACUCGAGUUUCAAGGGGUCUCGGUACUUACACAAAGUUGGUUUCGGUUUACGCUUGGGCACGAGUUUCAAGUCGAGGAGACGACACGUUUCCGAGUUUCAAGCGCCGAACGGGUUUCGUCUCCGAACUUCGUCGUUUGGGGACGAUUUUACGGGUUUUCGGCACCGACGCCGAUAUCUUGCUGCCAAAAUACAAGGGGGCCUCAUCGCAAAUUUUCAAAAUUUGCAUUUUCUGGACCAUUUUCCACGGACUUAAACGCGCAGGAUUUUCAGAAUCUUCACGUCCACACUUUCGGCGUUUACAAAUUUCAAGAUCAAAGUUCGGUCGAGACCAAACGUUAGUCGAAGCAGGGACUCAGUUCCCCAACGGUAUAAAUAUACCAAAUCCACUCUGGUUGACCGCGGUCAAAAAGUUUCAAUAUUGGUUGCGAAGUUGAGCGUUUCCAUUUUCUCCCACGGAUACUCUCAUGAACGAUUCCAGACAGGUAAAUGCUUGCGGCGGCCGUGGAUGAGGGAUUUUUACCGUUCUAAUUUCGGCCUACGUUUUCGAUUGGAUUUGGACUUGGAGCACUGUUUCGCAGUUCGAGGAUCGAUUGUUUUUCGCUUCCGAUUUCAACUCACUUGAUCACUUUCGAAACGAUCAAGGGAGACAAACAACAGCAACUAUUUCUAGUGGUGGAGAAAGAUGAGCUCGCCGUCAGGCGAUGGCGGGUUCGACCCAUCAUCGUCGUCAUCUUCUAGUAGACCAGUGCUGGAGACAACACCCAGAAUGAACAUGGGCUCUCCAGAGGAUGGCCAGGGAGGACGGAUUUCAGUGAAGUCUUCGUCACCUCCUCCACCUCCCUCGCCACCACCUAGAUCAUCUGCAAUUUCGAAGCGUCCACUGAUAGCGGGAUGCACUUGCGUCAUAGCAGAUAACAACAACAGAAGUGGUUACCACAUCUUUCUCAGGCGUUGCGAUGGAAACCGCUCUCAUGUAGCACUGCUGGAGAUCGUCGCGGUAAAUCCAGCAGAAGGAUGGAGCCCAACAAUAGAUCAAAAGUUGUGGCCCAUGUCGAUGCAGGAAAGCGCUGCAGAACGACUGUCGGACCUAGAAAUGGUAAACGAAAAAGGAGAGCUCAUCUACAUGAGACUAGUCACUCUCCAUGAAAAAUUUGUAGUGCGUGAUCCAACAACUCCAAACUUCUUCUCUGCUUCGGGAACUACAUUUUCAACGCUGCUGGAUACAGUGGCAGGGAUCACAGACUACUACGUUUUGCCGAGUCCAGAGACUCCAACCGAGCCGACUCGUGGUAGGAAGAGCAGCAAGAGGAAGUCGAGACGGAGUCGGGAUACGUCGUCUGACUCAUCGGCUAGUGGUGAAAAAGGAUCAUCAGUACAGCAACAACUACUACAACAAAUUUCGCAGGCGGUAAUCAAUUUAUCGAACACGCCAGCCCGCGAGGGCAUCGACAAGGAGGACUUGCAAGAAGUUCUCACAGCAGUAGUUGAAAACUCUAAUGAGACGAUGCGCGAAGUUAUCGAGAACGCACAAAGCAGCUCGUCGGCAUAUGAUUCUAGUGGUGCAAAUCCGCAAAAGGCGAUCGCAAAUGUCAAGAGGGAGUGCCAGGGUAAGAUCAAGUUCGACAACCCCAGCACUUUCGAGCAUGAGCUCAAGAAAUUCAAGACGGCUUGCUCGCAGCAAGGCCUAAAGAAUUCUUGGGACUUCAUUCGAACUCUAGAAUCUUGCACGGUUGAGAAUAGUAGCGCUCAAUCGCACAUGGCCGACUUCGUUCGCAUUGUCACCGAAGAUGUCUACUACAGCGACACGAAACUGGAUAGCGACCAGUGGGACGAGCUUCAGACAUUUUUGCUCGAUGAGUUUUUGCCAGAACGCGUGGGUACUCGAGUGGCGAAGAAGCAGACAGAGUCAACUCGCGAGUACAAUGCAUUACGAGCAACUGACGCCGACGUAGCCAACCUCAAAGCCUUCGACAAAUUCUGCACUCGUUAUCGCAUAGCAAGAGCGCGACUGAUGGAAGCAGGAGUAGUUGUCCAGUCGCUCAGAGAAGUGCCAGACUUCAUCGAAAAACUACCGCCAGCAGUCAAGUCAUUCGUAGAACUACAACAAGAAGACGCAGUCCCGAAUUGCGUAGAAGUGCCCUCUGACAAAGUGCUUCAGAUCCUUGGAAGUCAAGCACCGCAAGAUCCUAUGCGAUCACAUCUUGGCCCGAUUGGUGGUGGCAAGCCCAUCUCUGUCAUCAACAUCGUACGAAGAUGGAUUGCAGCACAGCCAUCAGGUGGAACAUCAAGGACAGGCGUUUGGGAGGCUCGCCCGAAGUCAGAUGUUAGCAAAGGUAAAGGAGAUAAGAGAAAUAAGGGCAAGGGCAAAGGAGACGACAAAAGUGGUGGUGGUAGUCGUAGUACGAAGGACAAAGGAAAAGGCAAAGGAAAUAAAGGGGAUAAUAUCGAUCCCAAGAAAGUUCCACAAUGUGGGUUUUGUGGUGGACAACAUCCUGGCAUCAGAGGUUGCCCUUCGAAGCUGCUUGAUAAGGACGAGCGAGUCAAGUUGUUCAAGCAGGGCGACAAGUGCAACUUCAAAUACAAGGGUGUAGAGUGUAGAUCAAGAACUCAUCGCGCCAAACAACACAACGAGCAGUUGCGGAAAGAGAAAGGAGCUUCAACGUCACACGUUGCCGCUUUGGAUGGUUAUCCAGAGGAGAGAGACGACGCGCCAGCUUGUACGGAUUUGGAACCAUCAGCAGAAGACAUCCAGCGUGGAGUAUUCGCAGGUCUUGUCAAGACAGACCUCUUCGCGAUUAGAACGAAAGAGAACUCUUCUGCUAGUGGUGACGUUUCCUCAUCUACAGCCUCUACGUCUACUUCCACUACUUCAGACGAGGAAAAAGUGCAGGAGUUCUACGAUCACUAUGUUAGCAACAACAAGCUCGAUUUCGUGGCAUUCCAACAACAGCAAGCUUUUGCAGUAUCAGAGUUUUCACCUUCGACCAACAACUUUUCGGCACAGCAAUUAGUUGUCACAUCUUCUAAACAUGACGAGAAACAAGAACAGGAGACGCAGAUCGCUGCAGAUCAGCUAGUAGAGGAGACCAAAAACAAGGAACCAGAAAAGAUUUCCAUCAACAUAGUUAGUGGUAGGGAUCAUCUCGAAUCUUGGUUGAAGAUCGGAGACACCUUUCUCAAGGUCAAAGACGACUCUUGCUCAGGAAAGACGCUCUUAGAUCGCAGGUGUUUCAACAGUUUGAAAAAAGACGAAGGAGCAAAGAAAGAAAUCCUACGCGAGUUUUCUGGUCCUCCGAUCGAGUGCAUGUCGUUUAAGGAUGACGACAGGGGCGAGAUCUCUUCUGACUAUGCAGUUAUUCGCGCACAUCGUAUCGACGCCAUCAGCAACAAGCUGUACCCUGUGCUUUUCGUUUUCUUGCUCUUGGCGAUGGCUUUUCCGUGCUUGGUCGGUUUUCCGACACUCGAGUUUCAACAGUUCACACCAACGUACUACGAUUUCGGGUCAGGUCCACAACAUGUAGGGACGUACUACUACAUUAACGACAAUGACAACAUUUCGCGAGAAAUUUACACUCCUCGCGACUACUUCGACGAUUGUGUUGUAGCUGCCACUUUUGCUUCUCCAACGAACAGGACACAGAUAGGGUCAAACCCAUUCCAUGUCUACAUUGCUGCUUCUACUGCGAAAGCCACCCGCAAAGCCAAGUGGGCCGGUAAGUUUGAGGAACUACAAGCAGCAAUCGCAAAGAAGGACAAGGAGCGAUCCGAGUACAAACGUCUAGAUCCAUCUUCUAAGGAGUACAAAGAUGAGCUUAGAGCAGCAGCGAAGAAAAAGUACGCUUGGGUGGGGCAUAAAUGCAAGGAGGCACUUGACGUCUUAGUGCAAGAAAUUGCCAACCACUCUGAGAUCAUCUGGAGAAAAGGAAUUCGUUUCAAAACAGUUAAGGGCAUCGUCUACGACCCACAAGUCGAUCCAGAGCUGGAGCGCAAACAUCGACAUCGAUUCGCGAAGAUGAUCAACUACACGCCAACGGAGUUCGAUACGAUUCGUGGCGAUGCACACGUCAGGUGGAUGAUCGAGGAUGGAUUAGCAAAAGAAAUAAAUCAUCCCACUCGUUACCACAGUCCUACUUUUGUCAUCGAUCAAGAUGGUAAACAGGAGCUAGGUCGUUUCAUCUACAACCACACCGGCGUGAAUGACAUCACAGUUCCACACCGUUUUCCACAACCUACGAUUGCAGACUUCUUGGAAUUUGCAAAACCAAACGCUUUGCAUUUCACCGGCGAUUUAGUGCAAGGAUACAAUCAGAUCGAACUAUCGCCACUCGCAAAAGAACUAUACACCUUCGUCUGGAACAAGCGCAAGUUUGAGCCGCAGACGAUGGGCUUUGGUGGUUCUGAUUUUCCUAGUUUCUUUCAAUCUGCAGUACAGGGAGACAUCACUCAUGCAGAGCUUUUCGACAUCGUGAAGAACUUUUUGGAUGAUCUCUAUGCGGGUACACCAGCUGAAAACGGGGAGAUUACUCCUGCAGUGAUCAAGGAGCACGUUCGCAGAUGUGUGCUCAUUUUGAAGAUGCUCGCCCAACGAGGAUGGCUGUUGAAUUGGGACAAGACAAAUUUCAUCAGCGAGGAAGCAUCUCUUCUAGGUCACGCCGUUCGUCGUGGAGUAUCAGUCAGCAAGAAGCACAAGUUGAUGAUGCAACAACUUCCAGAGCCAAAGUCUAUUGAUGACGUUGUGAGCUUCAGAUGUAUGGGGCAAUGGUUAAGCAAGUUUUAUCCAUAUUUCGGAGAGAUCAUCCUUCCGCUGAAUCGCUACAGCAAGAAAGGCGUUUCGUUUGAAAGCGAUUUUCUCAAAGACGACAACGGCAAGAAGGCAGUAGACAUGUUGCGCAAGAACAUUACAGAGAUCGAGCUUUCUCCGCCUCGUAACAAUUGGAAGUGGCACAUCUUAUGCGACUCUUCUGACGUUUGCGCCGCAUAUUGGUUGAUCCAGACGGAUCCUGAGGGACAUCAGAAACCAAUCAUUAUCGACCUCGACUACAAAGUUUUCAAGGGUUACGAGAUCUUUUGGAACAUCACAGAAAAAGAAUUCGACGCAGUGCGUUUUGCUAUGUUAGGCUGCAAGGACACCAUUCGUGGACAGCAUGUCAUUACUCAUCAUGAUCAUCGCAACAACGACAACAUCAAAGAAAGGACAAAGGAUCGUCUUCAACGAGAUCUAUCUAGUAAGCGAGUUUUGAAGAAGACGAAUCGAUGGGCUUUAGACAUCUUCCAGGAGUGCGGGGACACAUUCGAAUUCUCGUUGACACCAGGAGCGGACCUUCCAGGGCCCGACUUCUUGUCUCGUCAUUUUCCUGGAGCCGAUGCAGCAAAGUGCGAGUUUGGGCGUGCUAUCGCUGACGGUAUGCCAGUUCGCGAGUUAGUUGUUCGUUUGUACGGGAUCGAGUUAGCCGAUGAAUUUCUACCGACGUUAGAUCGUUUUCGAGAGGCACAUGUAGAACGUGCUCGCAAGGAACGAGUGCGCGCUACAACUAAGCCGGUGGCACCUGUUAAGGUGCCAAAGGCGAAGGCAAAAUCUUCGUCUAAGCCCAACAAACUAGUCGUAGCUUCCUUAUCAUUAGCAGCAACAUCAGCGCAACAAGCUUGCCUCAGCGACAUCGUGAACAAGCUGCCGAACUUUCCUAACAAUUUUCCUCCGACAAAUUCGACAACAUUUACGGAGGCAGCAGAACGCGCUCGAGUUUGUGUCACGAUCGCGAAACGCAAAGCAGCGCAGCUUCGUCUUCCGUCUACCAUCAUACCAGGGGAGGUCGCAGUACGACACUGGACCGACGAUCGAGGUUUUGGAUACGUCAUCAAGGUGAAGGAGGCCUUCCCGUGUCGUGAUGGACAGAAGAGAAAAGAACUCUGGCUGUCGCAAAAAGUGCUCGGACACCGCAGAGCACUGAAGUAUAUGCAGUAUGCACUUCGUGGUAGUUCUGCUGAAGUCAAAUCGAAGAACUUCAAGCUGAAUGCUAGGUAUCAGGACGAGCCAUUCUAUGACGAUGGCAGUUUUUCGAUGGCGAAUUGGACGCAGUAGCGCCUGUUGUUAAUGAGCCACAAGAUGUCUCUGCUUUACGAGAUGCUGCACCAGUAGAAGAGCAGCAACAAGACUCAUCUUCUGCUUCACCACUUGUUUUACAACAAUCAGCAUCGGACGAACAGAAACUAAGUGACGAGAUUACAUCUAGUGAACUUCAUCAAGCAGAGCAUGGAGGCAGCAGCAAUGCUACAGACAACGACGCAGAUCUUGCAUGUCCUCCAGCUAGUGACGUACUUCAAGAGAUGCAGCAGGGGUUUACACCUGGUAAGGCAGUGAUCCACAUCGAUCUAGAGGCUAUCGACAUCAAUAUGCAAGAGUUUCUAGAUGCACAACGUGACUACGUCGAACAACGUGGCAAGCGUGGACUACUCAACGACUUCGCCUGGCUACCACUAGCAAACUACACAGAAAAGAAAAUCUUGCGCAAGCAGACCUUUGACGAGUUCGCGUUUUCCUACAGAGUAUUCGUACCGAAGAAGUAUCGCGCAAGUAUCCUUCAAUACUUCCACUGCUCACCACUCGACGCAGGACAUCAAGGUCGCGAUACUACACUAGCAAGGAUCAGACAACAUUUUUUGUGGGAAGGGAUGCGACGUCAAGUUCGUGUUUUCUGCAGAGCAUGCAAGAUUUGCGCACAGAGUAAGCGACGCGCGAUCGUCAGAUCAUAUCCGAGAUCUAGUAUGCUUACGCAUCCUUUUGACUCUUAUGAGAUCGACUUCGUUGGACCUCUAACACCUUGCAUGGAUUUCGUCUACGUCCUCACUUGUAUCUGCCGUUUUAGUGGUUGGAUUUUUCUACGUUGCGUGAAGGAAGCAACUUCGGAGGCAGUGGCGAAAUUUCUCUUCGAGGAUGUGGUCUGUUCCUAUGGACCGUUUCGAGAGCUACGCAGCGAUCGUGGUUCGCAUUUCAUUGCGCAGAUUAUCAUCAAGAUGAGCGAGAUGUUUCAUUUUCGUCACGUUCGAGGUAGUGCAUACAACCCCACAUCUCAGUCACUCAUCGAAAGAACACAUCGACUUCUCAACGAGUACCUUCGCAGUUUUCUACUUCAAACAGGAGGUCGCGCUGAUUGGGUGCAGUACGUUAUGCCUUUUCAGUGGGCUUUUCGAUGCCACACGCAGACAGGUCGUUUUGGACUUUCACCAUUUCAAGUUGUACAUGGGUGGAUGCCUUCGUCUACAUUACAUUUUUCAACCGGUUCCAGUAGCGAGUAUUUCGAAAAGUACUGGAUCGAGCGACUCGAAUGGUUGGCAGAGACUCACGAUAUGAUUCGCGAGCGAGCAGAAGAACUCAUCGAGGCAUAUGUAGAUCAGGUAAAAGAUCACGGCAUUCGAGUUGGCGACCUAGUUUACGUGGCUAAUACAGCUUUCGAGCACAACACUGGAAUUUCUCAUCGCCUGCAGCCUUUGGCGCGCGGUCCGUUCCGUGUUGUGGAAACGUAUGGACAGGCGAUUUUAGUCGAGUCGAUGGACAACGUGGCUCCGAAGAAAUCGUUUAAGGUCAACGCUUCGCGGGUGAUCCCUUUGAAGGAUUACCAUUCCGAAUACGCAUAAUUCGACUUCUCUUCAAGCAUAUGAUAUUUGUCCAACCUUGUCACGCACAAAACAACUUUGGAAAAACCUUGAGUCGGCUACGAGACAAGUUGGAGUGUACAAUGAGGGGAAGGAGUUGAAAACUUUUUCUGCUAAAUUGUCCACGUUCAAAAUCAUAUGCCACUUACUACGGAUUCAUUUCGAAUGUCUUUCAAAUCCUCAAUAUUUGUUAACAUUCAACUAAGUUUGCUUCUCCAGUACAAGUAACAGAAAGUUAGUUUCUCUCACUUGUAAAAUAAAAACAGCUACGACUUCCACUUAAGGGUGCUUUAACUUGUUUAACAGUAUCCACAACAGUACGCUUCGCGCGAGUUACAAGUAAAAAGUUACAUUUCUACUACGACUUGCUUCACGCAGAAUAUUACUUAGAUUGCGCUGACAUCAGUAAUAUUUGUGCUUUCGACUACCGUCCCGGCAGGACUUUGACAUCUUUCGUUCACUUAUUCUGUUCAGUUUUCAAGUUCUAAGAGUUCGACUAACAGUUUACUCAGUCAGAAGUAGGGAGAAAAGUGCUGAAGUAAAGGAUACUUCAGCACUAUACAACAGUAAGUAGGGAGUGAGACAAGACACGCUGCUCCGGCCAGCGACCAACCGGGUUUACCUUUUGCUUAACAACAAGUUUUACUACUGUUUCUUUGCGUUGCAUCACAGUAGCCAUUAAGUUACAUGUCUUGUCUAAAGAAGUUCCAACAUGAAAAACACACUUACGGGAGUACUUUUAGUUUAACAUAUUUUGAAGUAUUUUUGACAGAUCGAAAGUUGCUUGCGUAAUGUUGUCAUCCCACUACAGAAAACUAGGAGGCAGGGUUAUACAAGUAGUUUUGUUGUACUAACGUUUGUAGUUUUCUUUCUUGACUAGGAGGCAGGGUUGUAAGUGACUUUUCAACUACGUUUUCAGACUAAGAGAAAGUAGUCAAGAAAGAAGUAUAAGAUCAGCGGUAGGCUGAAUUUUCGGUGCAUAAAGUCUGUAUAUCUUUUGUUGUUUUCUUUGAAGAAAGUGAAAGUAAAGAAGGAAGAAGAAAGUAAGAGAAAGUAAAAGAAAGAAGAUAAAGUUGUGUAAGUUUUGUUGGAACGGAACGAGACCGAACACGACGAGAGACACAAAAACUGAAACUGAUGAUGGUGCGCCAUCCAUAACUAAAGACGUUCUAAACAACUUCGAACGAUUUUUGUAUCACCUUGAUGAUUGUAAUGAACCUUUAGGUUUUGUUUUUACCCAUAAAAUACCAACAUCGACGUCCUUGGCGAUCGAUGAGUUGCGAUCAAAGUAUCGCUGUUCGAUUAGUUGGCAACAACUAGAUUAGCCAUUUACAGUCACGCGGGUGCCUCUAGUUUUGUCUCCUCUCUCUUUCGUUGUUUCAAUCUCUCAGCCCAGUCAAGGACAAAGCACCACCGGAAAGACCCCUGGAAAGCUUGUGCCCUUAGAUGCGUAUCGCUCCAAAGUCAUGGAUAAGCGGGCAAAGCUAGGGCCUUCGGCGUCUCAGAUAGGAGGCGCCGCGUGUUCCCAUAGCCGUAGCCAUGUCCGUAAAUUCCCACUGAGUUCCGACCAGUUCAAAGCGCAUAAAGAUCGCCAAAGCGCAUGCUCGUGGUAAGUUGAGUUUUUGCGUGAUCUGAUGCAUAUUCAUCCAGAGGGCUUAGAUAGGUCUAGACGGGUGCCGGCGUAGGUGAUCGCAUGAGGCUGAUGGCGACGGCGUGGAGCUAUUCAUAUGGGCGCGUGAAAUGUUCCCCAUCAUGCAACCCCCUGAGACAGUAGAGACGGCCCCGCGGCCCCAAUGGAUAUCCACAGGGAUCAACAUCAAACCGGCCAGAGGUCGCCAGUCCUCUCAGGCUGUGAGUCCAACUGCAUCAAGCAGGAGCGCCGCUCGGCGUUUCUCCAUGAGAAACGUCCCAAGGCUUCGCAGUCUGUGGCCCUGUGGUUCAACUCCAACACGGGUGGGCGCUCUUAUGACUUGCAAGCGAAAGUUUUGGGUCAGAAGUAUACUCCCGAACAGAUUAGCGGCUUCAUAUUUCCAGAUAUCCCAGCUGUGACAGACAAUGAGCUUACUGAUGUGAUGCGGAUGAAGGAGCAUCUGACGAGCGUCGACGCAAGAUAUCUGCUAGCUCUGACGAAUGUCGAUUUUCUCAAGCACUUGCAUGACGAAUUUCGUCCUGAAUAUAGUGUUGAGCUCGCGGAUGUGCUCCGCUAUUACUGGACGCUAGCUUGCGGGUUCAGGCAUUUUUAUACCGUUUCGUCUAGGCAAGAAGCCCAUUUAGAUUUAUGAGGAGACUUUUUGAAGAAGCGCAACUACUUACCUGAAACUAAUCCUGCUAUUGAGCACGAAGGUUCAGAUCGCGUUUAAUACAGCGUUGCAGUUGAUUGCGCUUUUCCUUUUGUACAGCUACUUUCAUAAAUAGAUGGGAAAAUCGAGGAAGAGUGGGAAAGGCUCAUCGAGGAAAAAAGUGAGGCGGUGGAGGGCGGAUGGGUCAGAAAGUCAGAGAAGCACAUUGUGCUCUCGAAGAAAUACAGGCAAUUCGCACAAGUGAUCGAUAGCCGCAUUCGGUCAGGCACGGAGUGGGAUCCCAAGGUCCUGGCGGAUAUCAGAGAAGGUACUUAGUUACUGUUACUUUAUGACCACUAUAUCAAACGGGAAAGCUCUUUCACUUUCAAAAACACAAAAAAUUUUCAUACCACUCUUAAUACCAUUAGAAAAUAGAUAGCUUAACUCAAUAUUUAGUUAAAGUAGCUAGUUAAGGAUCUGGCGUGGCUGUGGAAGACCGGGUGGAGCUGUGCGGCUGGUGAGCAGAGUAUUUGUGGCAGGUAGCAUGGCACGAGUCUCCAUUUGAUGCCAAGAAUGAGAUAGAACCCAAGAAAUUUGAUGAUGUUGUGAUGUGCGGCACCACCUCGAAACCCAUCCACAACGGGAUCAACAAAUUCGGCAAAGUCUUGAAAUGAGAAUGAUAUCCGAGCAAGUUCCGAGCGCAAAUCCGGUGCCGAAAUACCUUAAGAAUGGGUUCAAAAUGAGGGCAGAUAAUGAAGAACUUAGCAUAUUGUAGUAGUAGAAUGAUAAUAAGAGAGGAAGACUCAGGGAUCUAGAAAGUAAAGGUUCGGACUUAAGUCAUAAUCUUCGACUCUAACAGCAUGACGCUGGUGCCAUAUCAUUCCCGAACCAUCAGACAGAGCAGGCCAGCUUAUGUGGGUCGUUAUGUUGUGUAAGAGUAGGCUUUGGUAGUACCAUAAUGGGGAAUCUACCUAGAGAAAUUGAAGAGUGGAGUAUUGCCUUAUUGAAAUCAUAUGUAGAAGAGACCCAUCUGGUUGCUGAUAUUCCUGAGUAUGUGGCCGACUUAGGUCUUUGCCCUAAGACUACACCUCGAAGCCGUAGGCGAUACCUCUUGGUUCAAGUCAAAGGCAGCAAAAACACAGCGGCGAAAUGGCUGAAAGGGGUACGGCAUUGCAUACGAACGAAGAGGCAGGCUUACCACAACUGUGUUGUGGUAGGCCUAAACAAGAACUCCAAGAAGGUGCUCAUCGUGCCCAUCAAUCAACAUACCAAGUGGGACGCCUGUGACCUAUCUGACCCACAGUUCUGGGCUGAGCCUGAAGCCCUAGGGCAGCGCCUGGAAGACCUUUGGAACGAGAUGACCACAUGCCCACUAGAUCAAAUCGGGGAAAUCACUUCGACCACGCAGGGCCAGCUUACUGAGGCCCGCUGCAGGUCUCAGUUUGUCCGACUUGCUCAGGGUGCCGGGCUAGUCUACGAAAUAAAUGGAAAAGGUUUUACCGUCGUGGAUGGCUUACUACACACACCAUCUGGCAAGAGUUUUCGAUGCCAGGAGCGGGUUAGCAAAUUCAAAAAGGACAGACAGAAACGCGUAGUGGGGCUAUGGGCAAAUCUUAAGCGGUACUAUAGGAUAAUCCGCACCAGAUAGGCAAUCAGCUAGGUGAUUUAUAAGAGUAUAUACGGGCUUUUCUGAUCUAGUGUAGCUGCAUCAUCUGAAUAGCUGCACCUUCAAUCCAGCGUAGCAUCGGAGUGCAAUGGAUAGGAUACGAUCCCCAUAGCAGUCGACACACCAACCACAACCAACCAUCUCAUACAGCAAAAACGGAGAAGGUUUUAAGGCUGAUGAGGUUGAUUGCGUCCUCAUCCACGUUCGCAAAGACGAGGGACCCGCAGAUGAUCUGUGGGGCACCUAUGUGGUGCCGAUCACCCAGCUGAUUGAGAACGGCUACGCGCCGAAGAAGCUCACGAGCGAGAGGCACUCGCGCCCUGCCAUCUUAUGAUUAGGCUCCCCAAUAUAUUUCUAGUCGAAUGUUUACACUUUGCUCCUAUUCAGAUGGUUGCUGAAGCACAAUAUUCCCUGCAGAAAUAGCUCUUACCUAGUUACAACGUGGAUCCUUGAUAAUUAUGAUUAUGAUGCAAUCUCUCAACUUGAUUCUAGGAGCGAAAACGAUCAGAGCAACUGGGUUGGUUCUAUUUGUCUCUACCCAAAGGGGCCUGCGUAUGUACGAUAUCCAAAGCCGAGCUGGAUAGACCAGUACUUGUUGAAGCAGAACGAUCGAAGAAGGGCACAACUUCCGAAGUGGCUCAAAUAGAGCUCAAUGCUGGAGCUAUUUGCUUAAUGGGGAACACGGUGGAACAGCGUGAUACUCGGGAACAGGAUUAUGAGGAAGAGCUUUCACCUUAAAUUCUUCUGCGUGCUGUCUUGAUCUGAUAGGUCUCAUAGAAGAGCUUCAUUUGAUUCAUCUACUUGAUUCCAAGGAUAAGCUUCAACGAAGCUCCUGCUGCGUAAUCUUGUAAGCAGUGCACCACUUGGCUAUGAUUUUCACUCGUGUCAAAUUCAUUUUAUUACUUGUCUAUCGAACGUUUUCCCUCAACAAUAUGCUAUAUGCUCACGCUUAAUCUCAAACUGACCUUCAAGAUUUCACUCCCAGAUGCUUUCCCAGUUGUGUGAUUUCACUCUUAGGCUAAACGGUUUUCCUUCAUGCAAAGUCAGUAACUUUAUCAAUUGAACCAAGCUAGUUUCUUUCUGUUCAAGGUUGUACAGGAUUGCCAAUGGAGACAAAAUGCUCCCCGGGCGUUGAGCGUAGAUGUCGCACUACAUCAAAAAAAUUAAGACAAGAGUACACAAUAGUGGAACUCAUAUGUUGACGAAUUUCCUCGAGAUGAACUAAGUCAGUACUGGCCUCCUAAAGUUUUUACAUUUGCGAUAAGGUCCGACUCGGAAGCCGUCGGCUCUAGAUCAAGGGCCAAAGUAAGUUUCCAAGUGAAUCCAAAUUGUUAAGUCUCGCGUCAGAGGUUCACUUCAAUCAAAAUAACUUGUAUGAUGUUGAUACUAUUCAAGAAAAAAUCUACCAAAAAUUGCGCAAAUCAGUCUGAACGACUGCAGCAUUGCUACUGGAGGAAAGAAGAAAAUCCCUCCAGCUAGCCAAACAGUGGCGAAAUCCAUUACAGGAGGUCGUCUUCUGCUGCUAACCUCAGGUCGAACUCGUGGACUACCAGAUUGGGAUUGAUGCAGACCCGCUGGUGCACUUUAGCAACUCCUUCAAGCCACUUCCAUUCCUCGAUCUUGUCGGUCGCAGAAGUGUUCGGCGGCCACAGUCUCGUAGGGUUCUUCACAUCGCCGGCCUCUAGCUUCUGGGUCUUGUCGUACUUCAGGUACAGCGCACGCCCGAGCGCGUUCUUCCGACGUUCUGUUUUCAUCACUCUGGCGACCACACGAUUACACUUUUCGCAGCCGAUGUGCCACUCCAUUUCGUUUGCAACCCUGCCCAGAUAUUCACGUCCAUCAUUUUCACCUGCAGCGCCAGCUGGUCGGCCAGCCGCAGGGGCUUCGCCAUCAGCGAUGGGCCUAGCUCUCUUGGAUGGCGGUUCGAUGUUUCCCGCCGAGACCCAUCUACCCCGGAGUCGCUUCUUGAUGAUUCUUUUUGCUCGUUCAUGGUCGUCACGCUCGAGAAUUUCGGCGAUGCAGUCCCUCAUCGUUUGCUCUGGAAUGUCGUUGUCGUACUCCAUGUCUUCAUCGAUGAGCAUCUCUAUGGUUGGCUGCAGGUCGUCAAAGGUGAUGGAGUUGACAUUCUCCCGAAGCAUGUCCCUGAACGUGAUCAGAUUGCCAUUGGAUUUGAUGUGGAUGGCUCCUUCCGGAAAUGACCAGUCGUAUGAUUCGAUCAUCCAGCAGUGACAGACCAAGCCGCAACAAAGACGAGAGUUAUCGUAGCAGUACUCGAACACCUUGACAGUCUCGUCUGUGGCCAUCUCGAACCCGUAGUACAUUCCGUUUUUGAUCUCUAUCACCAAGACCGGCCGUGAGUAUCGGUGCAAGUCGAUGAAAACUAGUGGCAUCACAUCUUUACUGAGACGCUUCGCCAGACCCAGAACGCGGACUAGAAUCAUGCUGAGCCGCAGCAACAGACGGAAGCUCUUGCGAUCGCGAGACAGCUUGAGGCCAGAGAAGACGGCCGUCUCUAACCCCUUCACGAAGUACGUCUCCGGGUGCGACAUGAUUUCCUGCGAUGUACAUUCACGAUGGAUUUCGCCUUUGAGACGUGUGGCUUCCGAGCUCAGAGGUCGGGACUUGACUAGGUCCUCCAAGUCCUUGAACUGCUGCACGCGGGUCUUCGCCUCCUUCGCUUUUGCGGCUGCUGCCUGAACAACCUCCUGUCGAUGUUGCGCCCGGAAGACCGCGGGACGAAUGGAUGGUGCUGGGAUGAUCUUAGACUCGUGGUCACGGAAGAACUGGGGCAUCGCCUCGAAGACUUCGAGUUUACUCAACCAGCUCAGACGUUGAUAUGAAAGUCUAAACUUUCCCUGCAGUUUUCUGAUCACCUUCGAAGCGAGGGAGACCCAUCUCCAAUGGGAUUCUCCCUCGGAGUCAGAUGUUGAUCCACUAACAACUACUUUUUCUACUACUUGUUGUCCUAUGUCCUCCUUGCCAGUCUUCGCGUACUCGUACAUCUGGCGACCGAAUCGAUUCAGCUCAUGCAGGCCUUUGAAGAGAGGAUCGAGGACCAAGCUGAGCCGUACUGAUUUCCGGGAGAAGAUGCUCAGCCACAAGUUGUAUGAUGGAUCCCACUUCUCAUAGUAGUACUGUCGGAGGACUAAACAACUAAACUUUGCCACUCGAGUCCACUCGGCCGGAGACCAAACUGCUGUUAGUGCGUCUUGAACGAAGCCGAGGAGGAUCUGGGGUAGAUGCUCCGCUACAUCGAACAGAAACGAAUGGGCCCCACCGUUGCAGUCGAGCAUUGGCCACAUGUUAGCCAGAGCAGCAUCGUACUCAGUCGAGUCACCUUCUACCAGCUGCAGCCCGUAGGUCAUCUUCAGGUGCAGCUUAUGAAACUGCCACGGCUUGCGAAUGAUACGCAUAUGAUGCCGCACCUCCUGCACAUCGAUGUCUUUCAGUGCAUCGAUCAACUCCUUCACCUUCCUUCGUGAUCCUGUGUCCGGCGCACCUCCAGCCGCAACUACAGGCUGACUAGCUGGAUCAGGUGGCACCUCCUCAUCUGCGUCUUCGUUGGGACUUGCGGCGUUCACGAUUGGACGGUCGUCCCCUUGUGGACCAGGUAAAGGGCCGUCGUUGAUAUUGCUGCACUCUGCCGGGAAUAGGUCAUCGAUGUCCACCUCUUGGCCUGCUUCGAGCUCAGCACUCAGCUCCUGAAGAGUUUCUUCUUCAUGCUGGGCUGUUCUCAGGGUAAUACGAGGCCCAUUGUAGAUGUGUUCGAGGAUAUGCAAGACCGUAGACCGCCACUUCAGGAUCCAUUCCCCAACAUAUGCGGUAGAAAACCAACGCGUUCUGACCAUACUCGUAAGGUGCGAAGCUGUGGAAAUUGAUGGGGAAGUAGGGUCUUCAGCUGAGCCUGUUCAAGGGGCUCUCGAAAAGUGCUUUCAGACUUUCAAGUUUCUGAAGAAUUUUCGGAUUUGACUUUCUUGGAGAGGUCAAAUCCGACGCUUAUUUUUGAAAGUCUGGACUCCAAACCCAUAUAGAAUCCGUUUGAAAGCGGUUUUCCUGAGAACCCCAAAUGAGCAGAAAAUUGAGUCUGAACUUCAAAUUCUUGCGGAAAAGGUCAGAAUUGAAAGUCUGGAGCCAUUUUGCGAAGCUCCCAGCAUUACAUUCUCAAUGAAAAGGGUUCGGAAAGUGAAGGAUUCUGGAUAGAAAAGCUUCAUGUCCUAAUCAUCAUGAAUCCAGAGACUCUGAAGUACCUGUGUCAAAGGAUUCGGCUGUGGUCCUCCCAGUCUCCACCUCGAUCUCCGGAAUCAUCACGUCAUCCUCCUCCGCCUGGUCGAUGCACUCGCGACGUGCAGUCUCGUAUGUUCCACGUAAGCUCUCACGAGCUAUAUUGCCCCCGGUAAAGUCGCGCAACGCCGCCUGGACUCGGUUUAUUUUCUUGCAUUUGUUUGCGUGGUUCGAAAGCCGGUGGUGCAGGCCGAUACGGCCUACACGCACCAGCUUUCUGGCCACUGCUGCCGCCGCGCGUACUUCCGAUUCUUCCUGAUCGGAAUCUAGUACCAACACUGGCACUUCUUCGGACGAAAUAGGUGCAGCGAAGAUGUUGAGAAGCUUCGGUCCUCCAAUGUAGUCCAGUAGCGCGAGGAGGCUGGUGACCUUCGGCUUCGAUGAUUCGUAUUGAGGAGGCUUCUUCUUCUGUUUAUCACCACCCGGAGCCGCAAGAGUCGGCUGCUGCAGGGGAAAAGGUUGCAUGAAUGACCUAAUUGGCGCCUGUCCAUCCGGAUCUGCCAUCGCAAGAUAAACCUGGAUAAGUUUAUGGAAUGGAUUCAAGUAAAUCUACCUAAACCCUAACUGCACCUUGAUUCGUUUUUCGAAAUAGUAACACGAUGAGUUCGCUUUGUACUCAUCAGCAAAGAACAAUGAUCCUAGAUGAGAAAUCUAAGCACCUGAUAGGCUGUCUUCUUCUCCUUUCCCUUCGUUGAGCCGUCACAUUGAAUAUUGACGCAACCUCCCCACUCAAGCCGAUCGAUUUCCUCUUUCUCAUAUGGCACUUCAGACAAUCCCACCGCCUUCGCAAGGAAUACCGAGAAGUCGACCACCCCGACAAGAAGCCGCUUCUGUGUUAUGGAUGCAAGAUGAUGACUCACGUGCGAGAAGUGAAGAAAUGGUAAGCGAUCUAAGAUGAGAGUGGUUGUAGGAAAACAGUUUUGCUCUCAUGUAGCAAACUCAGAGGAUAAAGCACCAGCAUAAAGUAGUCAGUCACUCCGUCGCCCACGAAGUGUUUCUCGAACUUCUGGGCUGCGAGAGCCGAGUUCUCUUCUAAGUCAUCGAGAUCAAACUCGCAGCGGUUUGCAAUGAACAGCAGCCUGUUGUGGUAUCCUCCGACUUCCUGCAUAAAUCUUAAGAAGUAGACCUGUGCGAGGUUGUGUUUCAAUUGGUGAACAAUAACGUAGUCCGAGCAUGUAACUGAUUUCUUUGAGUCGAUAACCAUGAAUCUCGAGUGACAACCAAAAGAGGAGUACCUGACGAAUCUAGUUUAAGUAGACUUAAUGUUUGGCACCGCCUCAUUCCCGUAGUCGUCGGCUGCAAUUCCACGACUGCGAUCGUAAUUCUUGUCGUUGAUGCCUUCCUGGUCGCGCCAAGCAUGAUAGGCAGGCCCAUGGUCACGAAUCCAAUUACACCGGACAUGCUGGGGCAAAAACCUGCGGACACUCAGAUUGCCAGACUCAAAGAAGUUGACACUAAAGUCCUGGUCCCCACGACGUUGGCCACGAGCUCCUACCGGCGGCAUAUUUCUGACUAAACUAUGACUGAAUCAAAUAGAAAUAUCUAGAGUCAAGGCCAACUUUAAGCGAGAGGAAGAUGAGGGGGCGGGGGUCUACACGUAACGUUCGCCACUGUGAUCAUCGAGAAGAUGCCAGUAUCUUUAUUAGCCGAACUGGGUUAUUCCUGAGAAUCUCUCGUUUCAUGAAUCUAAUUUGCGGCGAAAAAAACGGAGGACACGGCGGAUACCACUCGGCGGAAGCUAGUAGAUUUAUGGUCGGAAUACAAUAGCAAAACUGUGUGAGAGAGCAUGGGUCUCUCCUUGUAUCCUUAAGGCACUACUUUGCAAAAUGUACCUACUUCCCUGCCCCUUUAGACUGAAGUCAAUGCUUUUAUUCAACUUGCCUAAUAGAAUUACUUACUUGAUUAACUUACUUACUGAAUAGAGUCCCUAUCUCCUGCAAACAAUUGAAUUGAUGAAACGACUUACAUAUCUCAAACUAGAUGGAGCUACUACUAUCUUCAUUUCAAUCGAAUAUAAUUUAUUUUGGUCUUUAAUCUUAGUCACGGUCUGCGUUCCAGGUCUGCUAUAAACAUUAUUCGACAACUUUCCCGAUAAGAUAACUUCAACUAUUGAAAAACUUCGUCCCUUCGUAUUUACUCACAUGAAUGUCGAUGAUGUCAGAAAAUUCAGAUUCCAAAUAUAAGAUGCGUCUAGUGGUAACUUAUUCCUCAGUCUUUUUCUCUUCCUUCACUUCCUCUUCCUCAUCUUCCUUGUUUUCAUCUUCCUCUGCGUCCGACUCCUCCAGCGGGGGCAGCUCCAUUCCGGUACUAUCGACGACCUCCUCAUCAUCAGCAUCCUCUUCUUCUUCCUCUUCCUCCUCUUCCUCCUCGUCGGCAUUCUCAUCGACGUCCAUCUUCACAGCCGACGACUCUGCCGCCUUCUUCUCAUCAGCAUCUCCGCGCGGCGGUGGCGCAAAAGCGGCUGCCAGAUUGGUCGUAGGCGUGGCGGUAUCCAUCUCACCAUCUGCACCAGCAGCGGGAGAGGCCUUCUUGUCCGGACUGUUGGCAUCCAGUUCGACACGAGCAGCAGCUGCAUUCUUGACCAGACUACGUAGACCUGCAGCACGCUUCUUCUCAGCCUUCUUCGGAGCUGCCUGUUUACUCGGAGUCGGCGGACGGUUCGUAGCUCCUUUCUUCAGCUCUUUCAUCUUGGCCUUCGACGACGAUCCUUGCGACUCGUUCUCACCGCCCGGCGCGUCUCCGAGCACGAUCACAUUGGUAGACUUCGCGCCGGUAGUGGAGCUUGCGCUGCCGGAUCCGAACGGAUCACUCUUCGGCUUGUGGAAGGCUCCCACAGGGCCAUUUGCUGCUUUGAUGACACUUGCCGGCGCUUUCUUGGACGUGAUGCCAUUCCCCACGACGAUGGUGCGAGUAGUGCCAUCGGACAUCAUCUGCACCUCCAGGAGAUUGCCAUCCAUUUCCAUGGUCUUAGAGGACUUGACUGACACUUGUUUCUCGAGUACACGACCAGGAGCAGCAGUAGUUUCCGAGGCCUUAGCAUUGACCUUCUUCUUCAUCUUCGUCUUGCCGAACAGGGAGGCUCCCUGAGUCGCAUUGUCUUUCGGAGCAGCGGGUUGCGCACGACGAUCAGAGCGACUGCGGUCAGCUCCAGCUGCAGUUGCAGUUGAUGCCGCAUUGUUUGGUUGUGCGGGUGUGGACGGAUCGCCCUGUUGGUUUGAGGAGUGACAUGUAGAAGAGGUAGACAAGAUGGACGCAUCUACUCACAAUAGGAAGUAGAGCAACAUGAUUUGGACGCAAGACACCGUAGUGAAUUGAAGCACAGCCAAGGGAAUUCGAAGAGGAGAGACCAAAGCAGAUCAUGCAUAAAACACGAGUAGGAUAAUGUACCUGCUCCCCACCGUUAGUCAGCAUGCGAUCAUCUCUGGCGUUGACUCGAUUCAUCUCCUUCAUCAUCUUGCGCCAGUAGUACAGCUCUUCCGGGGUCGGCGUUCCAAAGUCUGCAUAUUUUUGGGCUGCCUCCAAGACGCCAUCGAUGUUGCCAUGGCGUUUGGCCCACGCGGAGAUCUCACUGUCGCAACUCUUCUCGUCCGGCGCGUUUUUGGCGUUUUCGCCGUCUGGGGGCUAAGAGUUUCGGGUUGGGAAGAUCUUUUACACCGUCCGAAUAUAUGUUUCAGGGAAGUACUCCUACACGACUGAGGAGGGCGAUCUAUCGGACUUGAUACCAUCUACGUCGCAUCUGAAGCAUUGCAAGCAGAAGUACUAGAAUCAGAUGAAAAGUAUAUACAUGAGCCGAACGAACUCCGAGCAUCUCGUAGACCGCAACAGCGCGGUCCCCGCUGGUCACAAGGCGCUGCACAUCCGCAUAACUCCACGAGGAAGCACGAGCAAUCCACUUGCAGUGGUGCUUGGCGUCAAUAGUCUUCCAGCCAUCUGGUGAGAGUAAUUGUUACGGGAAGGAUUACAAGUGGACAACCCUGGAAAUCAAGAAAAGUCUAGGCUAAAGAGACCAAUCUAUAGAGUAGAUCUUAUCACUUCUCACCACUAGCUUCCCAAGAGCUGUCAUCUCAUGUGAUAAAAGACACAUAAGCUGAUAGGUUCUUCAUACCAUCUAAAACAUAACAUCUAAAUUCUAGUACCACGGUACUUCUUGCCUGCGAACGUCUCUUUACCGAGCGGCAGGCGCUCACUUUCAGCAAUGUUCGCAUUCUGCAGCGUCGUGAUGAGCCCGGCACGAACAUGCGGCUCCAAGUAAGGCGCCAAACUCAUCAUCAUAUUGGCAUGCGAUUGGGCAAGUUUCUUCUUUUGCCCGACGUUCAAGUUCGCCAGCUCGUUGCCGAAGCCACCGAAAGACAUCUUUAUUGUUAUGGACUUCAGACGAAGUAACUAAGUUCAGAUCAAGUAUAUACUUUUCUCAGUGGGGUUCUCAGUGAGAAUAUUCCUUUCCUGUUCGAUAAACAUCUCAAGGCUCGCGCUUUUUCUCAUCAUUCGUCAAGAAAUAAGUACACGACUGCUGUCGUUCUACCCUUUUCAAGCCAUUUUUCACGAUCGAUUUUACUCGUCCCUCAUCAACAAAAGCUUGCGCCGAUCUCUUCGCCAUUUCUCUCGUAAAAACAUAUAGAAAACAAAGCAUUUCUCUCCUCAAACCACUCUCACGAGCCGACUUCGACCAAGCGAAAAACGAAGCGAAGAACAAAAGCCAGACAGGUCUAUACAGAUGCGUUUGCUCCUUCUUCAAGUGGAAAAAAGUGCUCACUUCUAUCAGUUUCAAGCUUGCAGCAACAUCAUAACAGACACAUCUGGGUCAUCGGUUUCGAGGUGGUGCCGCACACCAAAAAAGAGUCAAAUUUCUUCUGUUUUAUCAUGUUCUUGUCAUCCACUGGACACUCCUGCCGUGCCAUCUGCCACAACUACUCUGACCACCAGCCGCACCGAUCCAUCCGGUUCUCCACAGCCACACACGCCACUUAACUAGCUAAUUUAACUAGAUAAUUAAAGGAAAUAGCUAUUUUUCAAUAGGAUUUACAAUAGGAUAAGAAUUUUUUGUGUUUUUGAAAGUGAAAGAGCUUUCCCGUUUGAUACACUAGUACUACAUUUUACAAGUUAUGACCAUCAUUCCGCUUCAUUAUAAUGUGAAGAGGGCAGCGGCAACCAACUUGCUGAGUGACUUACACAGGUUCUUUCUCUGAAGAUAUCUCCUCCUUAUUUUCUUCAUAGAAUAAUUCCUAUCCCGUCAACCACUCAGCACUAAACAUCACCAACGUUCAGCCCGCAAAACUUUGGAUGAUCAAACUCGUCUUCGUGACGGUAGCGGCAAGGCGGAUCAAGCUCCUCCUAAGGAUGAGCCAACUCCUGGUGGUUUUCGUGACGGUAGCGACAAGACAGCGGAUGAAGCUCCUCCUAAGGAUGAGCCAACUCAUGGUGGUCUGCGUGGCGGAAGCAGCAAGGCGGAUGCAACUGAAGAAUGUUUCUCUUCUCGCAUCUGAUACUAAUUUUCUAUACUGUGAUAUUCAUUGAAACAUGAAUAAUAUGGCUGCAAACCAGAGUCCAGAUACGUAUUCUUGACUUUCUCCAACAUCUUCCUUGAAGAACACAAAGAAGCUUCACCAGAGGAUUGAAGUAAGUAAUAUAUCACGAACGAACUACGAAGUAUCAAAAUCAACCUUGUCAGGUGGUAGAGCCAACGAUCAUGGCGAGGAACCCUCGUGCUUCACUCAGUCGGGUGACGCUUGCGGAUUGAUGUGAAGUCCUCCAACACGAGUAUCGGGUAGCGCCACGCUAUAAUAAUCGUUAUCUUCUCCUGAUGGUGCGACUUCAGACCGGGAAAGGCGUGGCGCUGGGUUAGCGGGGAGAGAAGGGGCACAGUGCGAGUGUGAUAUGUUCCAGACUCAUUCUCAUCUUGAGCAAAAACGACAGUCUUUCAGCUCGUUCUUCAGUCUGACCGAUCGAUCAUUCACUUUAUUUAUUCACUCUUAGCUUUGUUGACGAUGUUUGUGAUCCCCUCGUACGUACUUGUUGUUAGAGUCAUUUUGUACAUUCUUGCGUGACCAUCAGGCACACGCUGUUCAGAUGAAUUGACCGCCUAUGAAAAGUAUUCUUGUCGUGACCAACCCCAAGUACUUUUUUGUACACAUUUAACAACAAGUUGAUAAUCGGUAAUAAAAUUGUGAAUUGAGUAUUCAUUAUCUUGGAAUACUAGUUUUGUCAUCCGUCGAGAAGUUACUAGCACAGAAAUUGUUUUGUCAUCCGUCGAGAAGAAGUAGUAGGACAGUUGUUGUAAUCUUCUUCAAUCCCAAUCGUCCAUGAUGUUGAUGAAUUAUACCAACUACCUGUCGUUGUCCUUGUACUUAGGUACAACUACGUGGAUGUUGGUGCCGCCACAUCAGGUGGCCACGGAUGUCGGAGCGUAUCUUCCGGAAUGUUUUUUUUUAAUUUUUAUUCAUUAUUUUAGCUGUUCCUCUUCUGAAGGUAUUGAAGUGGAAAAUUAAAUAUCCAAGUUUAAUAUUUCAAAUAUUUUGACAUUGACAGAGGUCCUGCCUCAAUUCCUUGGACUGCCACAGCACUAGCUAGACCUCCGUUGAAUCUAAGUCAUGUUGCUCUCUCGAUGACUUUCUGGCUGUCAUUCUUUGAUAACCUGUUUCAUCGUUCGUAGCGCUUCGUUACUUCCACUUUCUGAGGUAGCAGAGUGUCAUCGUAUAGUCUAGGUGUUGGUAUGCUAGCCAAUGUUAGACUCCAUGUAAAAAUGUAAGGUACAAGAUGGCAUACCACAAGAUGAGCAAGAACAUCGGGACCAACGACAACUAGGAGAAGACGACAAACUACAACGAGGACCACAGCUAGCACAACUAUGCAUAGUAAGUACACUACAACGAGGACCACAGCUAGUACAACUAUGCAUAGUAAGUACUCUUUCGUUCUUCACUCUCUAAUAAAAGAAGCCUCUUCCACCUGUAAAGAGUAUAUCUUUACUUGAAGACCCAAAAAAUGAAAAAAAAAUUGCUGCACAUCACGAGCUUAAGUAAUCACGGCAGCCCAAG